AUGUCUCGCCUGCUGUUGUUCUGUCCUUCCCUCCUCCACCACCACGUCGUCCUCUUCUUGAAGCCUGGCAGUCGCCUCACCCACUCAGGACAGCCACGCCACCGAGUUCUGUCGCCCACGGAAUCGGUUGUUGGAAUUGCCGUGUUUUUUACGACCUUUUUCACCCCUGCUGCAUAUGUGCUAACCAAUCUGAACCAGUUCAAAGGACAGUAG